AUGGUUCCGAAGCCUAUCAUGUUGAUUUUACUUUCUUGUUUGGGUUCCCUGCUUGCGUCCGCCUCCGCGCAGCAGAUGCUAGUAUCCAACUCGCUCAACACCUGCCAAGACGACUCAAGUUUUACGGCCAGUCGCUUCAAGUUUGUUUUCACACCAAACAACGGAUCCGCUUCCAUUGAUAUUGCCGCCCUAUCCACCUAUCAAGGCAAUAUUGUCUUUGAUGCGUCUAUCUCUGUCUAUGGAUACAACAUCUUCCAGAAGACAAUAGAUCCUUGCGAUGAAAGCCUUAAGGAGAAAGCUGGGCUCUGUCCUAUGAAUACUGGAAAGAUUGGAUUUCCCUUCCAAAUCCCUGUUCCCAAGGAAGUCGUGAGCCAGAUACCUUCAAUCGCGUACAACAUCCCAGACUUGGAUGCUACCGUGCGGGUCUAUUUGAACAAGAGCGGGACGACUGAUAGUGUCGCCUGUAUCCAAACAAACAUCUCAAACGGGAAGACCGUCGAUCUAAUUGGGGUCAAGUGGGCUGCAGCUGCUAUCGUUAUUCUCGGCCUCCUCGCUUCCGCCCUUGUUUCUGGGCUCGGCCACUCAAACACAGCUGCCCACGUUGCUACAUAUACAGUCUCACUCCUCGGAUACUUUCAAGCCCAAGCUAUCAUAGGCCUAACCGGUGUUCGUCUGCCUCCCAUUGUCCAGGCAUGGACCCAAGAUCUUCAGUGGUCUAUGGGCAUUAUCCGCGUCCAGUUUAUGCAGGACAUCUUCACUUGGUACCAGCGGGCUACCGGCGGAACCCCUGCCAGAAUACUAGACUCUCUUGCAAGUGUCUCGGUGCAGGUUCAAAAAAGAUCUACAGAAAUCGGUAGCGUUCUCAAUGGCGUUGCCAGACGCUCCGAGAGUCCUUCGUCAGUGGGAAGCUACGUCGUCUUCGGAAUUCAACGAGUUGCAUUUCGUGCGAAGAUCGAGUCAACGAACGUUUUCAUGACUAGCCUCACCUUCUGUUGCAUCUCGAUCGUAUUCACUGCACUAUGUGUUGCUGCAUCUAAAGGCUUUUGCGAAUUAGCGAUCCGUUCUCAUUGGGUAAAGAACGAUAAGUUUCUCGAAUUCCGCAAUGGCUGGUUGGUUAUUCUCAAAGGCCUGCUCUACCGCAUAACUCUUCUGAGCUUUCCACCACUGACAGUUUUCUGUUUGUGGGAGUUUACUCGAAUCGACUCCCCCGCUGAGGUUGUCCUUGCUGUGUUCUUCUUUUUUGGCGCAGCUCUUACAUUAUUGGCGGCGGCGUUCAAAAUCAUUCUCAUUGCCCGCCGGUCUAUUGCGCUACACCGAAACCCGGCCUACAUGCUCUUUUCCAACCCCCAGAUUCUCAACAAAUUAGGUUUUCUAUAUGUGCAAUUUCGUGGGUCAGCUUAUUAUUUCGUAUUGCCCGCCAUUGGCUAUAUCAUCAUCAAGGGUGCAUUUAUCAGCUUUUCGCAAACGAACAAUGCGGUUCAGACCAUAGCAUUGGUCAUUAUUGAGUUUGCAGCCUUAAUCGCAGCUAGUGUCAUGCGGCCUUGGAUGGAUAAAAGCACUAAUAUUUUUAACAUUUCUAUUUUUGUCAUGAACGUUCUCAACUCUCUUAUGCUCCUCAUUUUUACGAAUAUCUUUGGCACACCAGCUUCUGUUAUUGGUGUUGUAGGUGUUGUUUUCUUUGUUGGGAAUGCGGUCUUCUCUUUGAUCUUGUUGCUGUUCGUUGUCAUCUCUAGCACUAUUAUUUUCUUUCGCAAGAAUCCGGAUGCUCGGUACAAAAUAAUGGCCGAUGAUCGACAUUCUUUUAUGAAGUCACAGGUUCAAACCAAGGCAGAGCUAGAUUCUCUUGCGAUUGCAGCACGUGGCGAAAAGCAAGACCACAGCUCUGCAAGCCUGCCCUCUGCGUCAGACCUAGAUGCACAGCCCUCACGGGAUUUAGUUCCAUUUGACGGUCAUGGUCCCUCAAGUUGUGCCAGUCCUAUGCGAUCGACAAGCAGUCAUUCGCAGCACAAAGUUCUAAGUCAUUCAGGAGGAAGAUUAUGA